UUUAUGAGACCACAGCAGCACAGCUUUGUAGAUUCCACAGAGAGCGGUAGAGUCCAAGAGGUUGAAGACAACGAGCCCAAAAGACAGUCUAGCAGUCUACCAACUGUUUAAUUAAUUUGGUUUUCUGCACCAAGCUUAAGAGCCAUGGCAGAUGAAUUUCAGACCACUGGGAACUGGUGGGAUUCAUCAGCAAGAACCCGGUUCGAGACCGGGACAUCACCGCCAGCUUCAACCCUCAAUAGCUUGGGAAGCUUUGGAUGGCAACCAGACAUGGUUGACCUCAAGGCAAGGUCUUCUAUGGAUUCCGGGUCUGUUUCGGGUACUUCUUCAAUGGUCUUCCACAGUGUUCACAAGCUGGAAGAAGGCCCUGACUCAGCCACGGGAAGCGGCGGAGACCCCAGCUUGCAUAUGAUGGGUUUAGGGCUUUCCUCCCAGGCGACAGAUUGGAACCAUGCCUUAUUUCGUGGGGAGAAGGCGGAGACCAGUUUCCGUUCAAUACUACAAGAAAACAUGAAUUCUAACACGAACUUUCAUCAAGAAAAUGACCAACAACUCCAAUGGAGGGACAAGUUGUUUGCUGGUGGUUGUGGAGACUCUUCUAACAACGAGUUUAAGCAAAUGAACCGUGGUUUCUCUUUAGAUCAAACGCAGUUUAGUCCUCAGUACAGCUCCGGCGACAGCACGGUCACGUGCCAAGGCUUGCCCUCUAGCUUUCAGAUGGAUUCAGGAGCAGCUUUGUAUGGAAGCCCCUCAACCAUAUUGCAAGGACUAUUGGGGCCUCAUCAUGAUAAUCAGCAACCUAACUCAGCCCCUAUGAAUUUUCCUUAUCAAGCAAAUUAUGGGGUUAACUCUAGUGAUCAGCUAUUGCCUUCUUGGUCUAAAGUGCCUCAAUUUCUAAGAACAUCACCUCCCAAACAACCUCCUCAGAGCCAUUUACAAUUUUCUAAUAAUGCUACCUUUUGGAAUGCACCUCAUGAGGCCGCCAUGAAAGAUGUCCGCCCGAGCUUUUUCCCAUCGUUGCAGCAGCAGUUUCCCACGGCACGAUUCGAAGAAAAACCCAAGAAUAUAUCUGAAGUUCAGGAAUCGGGUGCAGUGGGGAAGAAAAGUGGGAGUGAAACAGCAUCCAAAAGGCCUCGGAAUGAAACCUCAUCACCCUUGCCAGCUUUUAAGGUGAGGAAAGAGAAGAUGGGGGACAGAAUCACUGCCCUCCAACAAUUGGUUUCACCUUUCGGAAAGACUGAUACAGCCUCAGUGCUCUCUGAAGCCAUUGAAUAUAUCAAGUUUCUCCACGAACAAGUUAAUGUUUUAAGCACCCCAUACAUGAAAAGUGGAGCUGCCAUACAACACCAGCAGAAUUCUGAUCAAUCCAAGGACCCAGAUCAAGGUCCGAAGCAAGAUCUUAGAAGCCGAGGGCUGUGUUUGGUACCGGUUUCGAGCACAUUCCCGGUCACACAUGGGACAACAGUUGAUUUUUGGACGCCUACAUUUGGAGGAACUUUCAGAUAGAGCAAAGUGGAAGUGGUGGAAAUAUAUGUGUAUGUGUCUUGUCAAAACCCUAGCCAAGUUGGGAACGAUAAGAUGAAUGAAAAAAAAGCAGAGAGGAAACAGAGAUAUGCCCACAUAUGUGAUCUGGUCCGGGAUGGAAAAGAAGUAAUAAAACUGGUGAGGGGGCAUAGAAAAGGCAGUGAGGACCCUCUAAAGAACAUGACAUUGUUGGGUCAGCUACAGGCAAAAUGAUGCAGAUUUGGCCGUAUUGGGACCAAUUGGGAGCAUAUUAAUUGUUGUAAUAAUUGAAGAAUUAUAUGAUUAGAGGUGGAUUAAGAAUAAGAACAGAUGCUGAUUAGAGCUGAUUAGUUUUAGAGGAAAAUUAAUUUCUUGUUAAUUAUAACAGCUGAUUUUAAUAGAAAGAUAAAGGAGCUUUUAUUCCU